AUGGCAGAUACUUGCGCGUGGAAAGGCGUAUUUAGUAAUGACGAGAGAACUGUUUUGCAACAAGGUUACUUAAUUACAGGACUAUUAGCAGUAAUAUUUAGUUUCUGGUUAAGCGUGAUCCUCCUGUUCACUAACCUUCGAACUGAUGACAGUUAUCACAACAUGGCUAAUUUCAUCGUGGUAGCUUGUAUCAGACGUAUUGUACCGAUUAUCCUACACCUGCCAUUUGUCAACUUCUUUGAAACUUUGUACGGAUUUCAAAAAUUCUCUUGUGAUGUUUUUGCUUUCGUGGAGACGUUUUUGGCAGUGUUCGAGGUCGAAUGCCUGACACACGUCUGCAUUGAAAGAUACGUGGUUUCAAAAUACAUCGCUAGUGGUUGGCAAAUGCAAAAGAAACAUUACUACUUGUUUACUUGUCUUUGCUUGUUCUUUUCUUGCCUGUACUCUAUUCCACCGCUGUUUGGUUUUGGGAAGUAUGGAUAUGAUUUCGACUGUACAUCAUUCACCUUCGACAUGGUGCUGCCAGAUACUUGGCAGAUAUAUUUCAUCCUUGCCAUUUUCUUCCUUCGAAGCAUCAAACCAGCGAUUGUUAUGGUGAUGAUGAUUGUAUGGGCUCGGUUCUUAGAGAGAAAGUUUCCAUGCUGUAUGACGAAUCAACAUAUUACUCGAAGUGUUUCAGUAAUAACAAUAUUGAACCUAUUGUGCUGGACACCUAUUGCAGUGAUCAGAGCUUAUGUGGUCCUAUCCUUCUGGAUGCAUAUGGAGGUACCGCCUGUACCUUCAGCAGUUUACAUCACGUGGGCUUUGUGGAUUCAUUGGGUUGCGCCUGCGCUGACCGCAAUAGCACUGUUUCUCGUUGACGAUCGUGUGCGCAGUAAGAUGUUCAACUUGCGAGAUUAUGAAGUUGGAAAUGAUAACAAGAGCGAUUAA